UUUCCUCUUCAAAAAACAGAGUGAAAUGAUCCCUACAUACAUAUUAGCUCACACGUCCCCGUUACAAUACGUCGCCGUAUCCUCUUAAAAGAAAAGUCCCAAUCUUCCAAAUCCUUUUUCCUCCUUUCAUCUUCAACCUUUCUCUAUCUCUCACACUUCACCACCACCAAAUGGAAGACUUCUGGAAAAGAGCGAAGACAUUCGCCGAAGAAGCCGCAAAAAAAUCCCAAUCUCUAACCACCUCCUCCGCCACUUCUCGAAUCGCCGAUCUCGUCUCCGAAACCGCCAAGAAAUCCAAAGAACUCGCCGCCGAAGCUUCCAAGAAAGCAGAUGAGAUCAAAUCCGCCGCUCUCCGUCAAGCCGAUCAGAUCAAGUCCUUUUCCGAUAACAUCUCCAUUCCUCCUCAAUUCUCCGCCAUUGCAGCCGCCGCAACAAGUUCUACCGUAGCUCCUCCGGUGGAAAACCUUGAACGAUUUGGUAUCACUGAUGAUCUUCGAUCGUUUGUUCAGGGACUUACUUCCACCACGUUCAAACAUUUUCCUGUUAAUUCAGAUGAAUCUGAAUCUGAAGGUUCUGAUGUGGCUACUUCUAAUGUUAGGAAGGAUCUCAAUGAGUUUCAGGAGAAGCAUGCUACUCUUGUUUUAACUACUGUUAAGGAAAUUUCAAGGUUGAGAUAUGAACUAUGCCCACGUGCUAUGAAGGAAAGACACUUUUGGAAGAUAUAUUUCACACUUGUCAACACUCACGUGGCUCCGUUUGAGAAGCAAUACAUGGAGGAGCUGAGAGAAGCAGCAAAGAAGAGUGAAGACGCUAAGGUAGAGCAAUCUGAUGUUAGUGGAGGAAGUGGAAAGGCCGAAGUAACAGGGAAGAUUGUGAGUAAAUCUUCUAAUUCAUCCUCUACUGAGCAAGACUUGGAUACAUUUCUUCUUGGAGAUCUUGAAGACAGUGAUGAAGCUCCAGAUGAUGGUGAGGGAAGCUUUGAUGAUGAUUUUGACAAGAUUGAAAGUUCUGAUGUUGAAGAUGAGAAGCAUGCAAAGAAAACAUCUGCUGCAACAGUUUAGGAUGCAGAGUUACUCUUUUGACCUACUUGAAAAUGAAGUUAGCUGCUUGCAACUAGCCGAUAUAUUCGUUAGAGACGAAUGGUUGUAGCAGUCUCGAGUUUAAGAUCAGUGGCUGUGGUACCCUGUAGAUUUGGUGAACUGGUGGAAAAUGCUUAAGUAAUUCGUUAUUGUUUAUUUGUUGAUCAUAGUACCCUAUAUAGUGGUGGAUUAACUCAUUAGAUAAGAAGUUAAUGAUGAACCCGGGUACUUGCCUUGUACAGUUGCCAUAAUUGUUGAUGUUACUAAAUUCUUAUAUAAUAAUGUUUUUAUUCAUUACAUCAACAUAAUAUGAUUCCUGGGCUUGUUACGUGGUUGCCACUUGGGGGGAUAAGUAUAUUGAGCAAACAGCUUUUAUAAGAAAAUCUUAUUUCACUCUUAA